AAUGCUUGAAGGGAAUGGCUGAAUUAUCUCAUGCACUCAAAUAUUUUAUGGUAGGUAUUGCAUUUUUUUAUAGCUGAUGUAGUAGUAGAAGCCAAGAUUGUCCACAUAAACAGAUAUGUACAAAGAUGGGGCAUCAACGCUGCUGAUUUGAGAGAGACUUGAGGUGUUCACUACAAAAGUUUGGUUUUAUAUCUACUCUUAAGUGGGGGGUUUCUGUAAAAUGUACACUUCAGGGGCGUGGGAUCCCUCACCAGAAUCUGUGCCUUCCAUCUCCAAUCCAUAGGUCCAUAACUGUUUUUCUAUUUUUGCAUCACAAGCUCAGCUUCUAUUGUAGUUGCUCCCCGUCCUCUCGUCUAGCAAGAGCAGCAAACUCGUGAGCCAGAUGUCUCAUUGAUCAUUGCGGAUGUGCCCGUGACGCUCCGCGGCAUGAUGCUAUUUGAAUGUACCACCUAAUAUUAUGGUUGUAUUUAGGUAGCCAUCCUGAAAAAAGAUAUGGUGUGCGUCCAUGCGUUUGUGUAUGUGUUUUUUGAAAAUAAAAGAACUUUGGGAUAUGUUUGUGAUGUAUUGUCAAGCAUUGAUGGCUGGUCCCGACUCUUACAAUGAGGGGUUUUUGUUUAAAGCACUAGGCGCAACACACGCACGUGCGCGAGCACACACGCUGCCACUAGAAGUUCCAUAAAAUGUGGUACUGUAGGUCAUGGUCUUAAGUCAUGUAACGAUGGUAGUGCUAUUUCCCAACAUAUUGCAAGGAAGGAAAAUAAUCCUGUCUGAUACUUCAGAAAAUAAAAAUAAAAAAGAUUAACAAAUGCGGCCACACAUCAACCCUCAUGGCGUGAUUUUCUCAUUUGCAAUUAUUACUUUCCCACGAAGCGUUUGGUCGCACAACUAUCCCCAAAGAGUCCUCCUAUACGCACGAUCGAACGCUCAUACGAUUAGAGACAACCCAAGAUAAUUUAGUUUGUGGGCCACACCAUGCAACAAUUUUUACAGUCUGGUCGUACAGGUGUCCGACGAAAAAGUAUCGUAUGCAUAGCAAUUUCGAUCCCCAAAUCUCCUCUUUAUCGGUUCAUCUUCAAACCACCAGUCCGGCAUGGAUCAAGCUCCAGGCCUUCCACCGUCAGCCUCCAUUGCUCCACGCUCUCCUGUUUGCCCUUCGCACCCAUAUCCAUCAGUUCGGCGAGGUCGUACCAAGGCGGUGGCGCGGUUGCGGGACGGGAGAUGCCUCAUACGGCAGUGGACAACUUGAAUUUCGGCAGGCGAGCAGCGGAUACCGGAAGGUCGGACUCCGGAAGGCCGGCGGAGUUCAGUAUUUUGUAUUGCGAUUGCCUGGUAAGCAUCAAUUCCCCAUGAACUCUUACAUGUUUGUGGCAAUCCUGCGUAUCAAUCUGGGUCAGCAUCUAUCGAUCGGGGUCGUGAUCCGGCAAUCGAUCCAGCUCGACCCGCCGUCGUCCCCGACCCUCGAUUGGGGUCAAUCGACCCCGGGACGGGGAUCGCACCAUCGACCCGCGAACCAGGCUACCAUGGGUGGAAACGCUGGCACACGAUUUGCUCCAUCGUGAUCCUGAAGCAUCGGACGGCAAAAGGCCGUCGCCUCGCUUUGGCCGGUUCCGAUUCUAACAUAGUAUCUUGUUCGGUCAUGAGUCCGGGUCCGGCUCUCGUUCGAAGGGGGCAAAGCUCAACCUAUAUAACUGCGUCGACGGCAGUAGCGUGGCUUUCCCCGUGCACCAUACUACGACCCCCUCCAGUCUGCCUCCACCCACUGGAUCAUCGGAAUCCCGUUCGAGAGAAGAUCGGCGACGCCGCGCACCGAGCAUGGCAGCCGACAAGCAGCGCCGCGUGAAGCUGAUGGUUAGCUACGGCGGGAGCAUCGAGCGCGCCGAGGGUCGGCCGCCGAGGUACGUCGGCGGCGAGCACCUGCUCCUCAACGUCCUCUCGUCCGUCUCGACGAAGGGCUUCCGCGACCUGCUGGCGGCGCGCGCGGGCUUCUCCGACUUCUCCGUCAAGUACUGCUACUCCGGCGAGGGGCUGGACUCGCUCUGCGACGUGGACACGGACGAGGACCUGCGGGACAUGCUGGACAUCUUGCUCUACCGGGACCUGCAGGCCCGGCUGUUCAACGACCAGAACAGGCGCCGGUUCCGGGUCUACCUGUUCCGCGACGCCGCCGCCCCGUCGCCGGCCUCCCAUGCCGUCCGAAAACCAGCUCCCAUGCGGCGUAGCGCGACGUCGCCGGCUCUGUUGCCGGCGAAGCCGGCCGACGUCGACGGGCGGCCAUCCCAGGGCCUGGCCGCUCCCGCUCCCUCUCUCGUGCCGCGGAUCACGAUGUCGCCGAAUCCGUUGUGCGAGACCUCGAUGGCUGGCACGAAGCCCUCCAAGCCGCCGCUCGCCCCUGCUCUCGCACGGCGGAUAGCGUCGUCGCCUUCGUUGACGGCGGACUCGACAGAUGACACGGCUUCUUUGAUCACCACCACGUCGACAUCAGCAGCCAGAGCUACCCAACAAACACCACCCCAUGCAGUGGCGUUCCGGCCGGUAGAGCAGAGUAAUCCGGUGUACCAUGCGGCUCCAGUAUUUUUGGUGCCAGUAACGCCGCAUGUCAUAAUCCACCGGCCGACGAUCAUCUUCGUACCCGUGUUCAAUUCAAAGGUGGCCAUGGGCUGAGAAUUUGUUGAGUCACAAUCGAAUAUGAAAAUACUUAGUCAAGUGAGAAUUAGCAAAUCCAUAGUUUGUGUAGAUUAGAUGUCUCACAGGUCAAGUAUUGAAGUAAGUAGGUUGUAGAUAUUAGCUGACAAAUCAAAAUUCUAGAUUGAUGACUUGAAUUUUUCUUACAUUGUACUAUAAAUUGUUCAUAUAUUUUAUAAUUAAAGUUUGUUGAUAUAUUUUAUAAUUAAUGAUGUCAAUUCCUCUAUAUUCAGUGUUAAUCACCACACGUGUUCCGUUACAUUUGUGUUCCGUUACAUUUGUAAACUUAUUAUUGCACGCCUGUA